AUGGAUGCAACUGGCCAUGUUGCGGGAAAAUUAGCUGCUGCUGUUGCUAAGAAACUUCUAGAAGGAUAUUCCAUCACUGUAGUGGCAACCGAAAACUGUAUCUUUACAGGGCCUCUAUAUCGUCAUGUUGAAACAUGGUACCUCGUAAGACUAACCGAGGAGGAUCUGCCCUUGCAAGACUUACCACAUUUGAAGCUAUUCCUAAGCAAUUUGAGGGUGUUGAAAGAGUUAUGUUCCCAGAAGCACUUUUGA